ACACAAAAAAGCUGAUCUUUUUAUGACUCUCUGAUUCUUUUUUUCUGUUUUACUUGUUUGAGUUUUGUUUUCUGUGUUAAUUGUGUCUGCUUUUGUUUUUCAUUUUCUCUGCCUCCUGCUUAGGUGGGUCUUGAGCUCCGUUUGUGAAGAGGGAUGAUCGUGUAGUUUUGUGUCUUUUUUUUCUCUCUUUUGCCUUGGGAAUUCAGUGUUUUUGUGGUUGAUGCAGAUGCUUAUGAAUUUUGUGGUGAAUUAUCUCUCUAAUAUAUGUUGAAUUGGAGAGUUUUUGUGAUUUUUGUUCCUUUCGUUUGUUUGAUUUGCUUGAAGUGGUGUUGUUUCAAUUUGAUAGUAAAUCUCGUGCCAUCACUUUUAUCAAGCUUGUAAUUUGUUUUCUAAUUACUUUGGGUUUGCUUAUCUGCUAGAUGAGAAAGCAGUGUUAUUGUUAUUUUGCUUUUUAAAAUUAUAAUGCAGAACCUGAUCGUUGAAAAAGUGGAUUCCUGAAGAUAAAGUAUAUAUCUUCAUGCCUUUUUUGCCCUUUUAUCUUUUGGAUUCUCAGGUGAAAAAAAUGCGUACCUUUUUUGUUAAAAACUAUUACCUCUACAUUCUAUCUGAAGCAAACUUUUCUCUCUCUCCGACUUACACUUCCUUCAAAGAAAGCAUCUUCUUUGGUAACAGCAUAGUUCUCGAGGACUGUCAGCAUCUCACUGAGUUGAGGACAUUUGCACAAUAUCACUAAUAGUGGACAUAUGUUGAGCAUCCGAGUUUGAGGGAUUCUGCUAGGUUUCGGUUUGUUUGAGAAAGACCUUUUAGAGGAAAUUGGAAGGUAAAAAAUGGGGUUCAUAUGUGAUUUUUGUGGGGAGCAAAGGUCCACGGUGUACUGUCGAUCAGAUGCUGCUUGCUUAUGCUUAUCAUGUGAUCGGAAUGUCCACUCUGCUAAUGCACUGUCAAGGCGCCAUUCAAGAACACUUCUAUGUGAAAGAUGCAAUUCGCAGCCCGCUUUAGUUAGAUGCACUGAAGAGAGGGUAUCGCUUUGUCAGAAUUGUGAUUGGAUAGGUCAUGGUGCUUCUACCAUGGCUUCUGGGCAUAAAAGGCAAACGAUAAAUUGUUAUUCUGGAUGCCCGUCUUCUUCUGAACUUUCCUCAAUCUGGUCAUUUGUGUCGGACUUGCCUUCGAUUAGAGAAUCCAAUUGUGAGGAGGGUUUAGGUUCAAUGCACAUCACUGAGAAUAGUGAGAGGACUACUUGGGAAACUCUAGACAAUAGCACCAGUCUAGAAGCAUCAUCUGUUUUGCAAGCCAACAAUGUGGCAGAUGCUUUGGUAGGUUCAUCUUCAUUACCUGAGCUUAAAUCCGUGUCGCAGAGUCUGGACCAGCUGGCUUUACCUGUCAAUACAUUGAAUAAGGUCUGCUAUCCAAUGUCAAAUCCUGGAGUCUGUGCUGAUGAUCUAUAUAAGGAACUUAAUAUGGAUGAAGUAGAUAUGAACAUUGAAGAUUAUGAAGAACUUUUUGGCUUGACUUUAAAUAACUCGGAAGAACUUUUUCAAAAUGGUGGACUGGAUAGCUUGUUUGGCACAAAGGAUAUGUCUGCUGCAGAUUCCAACUGUCAGGAUGACCUUCUUGCUGAGGGAUCAACUGUUGGAAGACCAAGUGCCACACAGCCAGCUUGCAGUGUGGCAUCGGGCGACUCCAUCAUGAGCUCUAAGACCGAACCUAUCCUUUGUUUUACAUCCAGGCAAGCUCCUUCAGGCAUUUCAUUCUCAGGUCUUACUGGGGAGAGUAGCGGCACAGAUUAUCAAGAUUGCGGGGCCUCUUCCAUGCUUCUCAUGGGGGAGCCCCCCUGGUGUCCCCCAGGUGCUGAGAAUUCUGUUCCAUCUACAAGCAGGAGUAAUGCUGUCAUGCGUUACAAGGAGAAAAAGAAGACGCGAAAGUUUGAGAAGACAGUGAGAUAUGAAUCACGGAAAGCAAGGGCUGAUGUGAGGAGGCGAGUCAAGGGCCGUUUCGUGAAGGCUGGUCAAGCUUAUGACUACGAUCCACUCAGCCCAACCAGAAGCUUCUGAGAGAGCAGCCUUAUUUUAGGACAAAGACGGAUGUGAAAGGCUGAUGAUACCAGAGACAUAAAUCAAGACUGGGAAUAUGACGAUGAAGAACUAAUGAGAUGCGACCUUUACAGACCAGAAGUGGUAGCAUUUGCUUUCAAGUACGCAGGUUUCUGUCCAAAUUCUUUGGACAUUUUUACUGCUGGACUUUUUUGGGCAAAAGGGGCUAUGCUUCUGGAGUAUCCAGCCGAUUACAUUCUUUGUCCUUUGUAGAAACAUCCAACAAUGCUUAAGCUUUACCGUAGCUUUUCGUGCCCUGGCUUCUAGAGAUUGUCUGUGUAGGCAUAUGGCUGGGACAACUUCACAUAGGUGAAACUUUUUAUCAGGCUUCUAUGUCAUUGGACAGUGUACAGUGAUAGGUCUUAUAUCUCUAUGUCCAUCGGAGGCUGGUACCCCAGGCCCUCUUAUAAGGCGGAUCAUUUAGGAUCACAGUGUAUGUAUGAAGGAGCAGUUUGUAAAGAUGGAGAGUUUUCGCAUCUGAAUCUAUUGAAUCCAACUCCUGGCAGAAAAUGUUGUAUAGUUAUUGAGUUGCCACGAUUGGACAUCGCAGCGGAGGAAAGAUCAUUUGCAAAUGGUUCGUGUUGUAAAGCGAGUUUAUGUUAUCUAUGAAGAGUCUCUUAUCAUUUGAUAUAUACAGAUGCCUGUUUCUUGA